AUGGCCAACCCAUACCAGGACGGUGGGCCAGACCCCGAAGGCGCUCAACCCUACGCCCAGGACGGCGGAUAUGAUCAAAGCCAACAAUCCUCAACACCAGGCCCCGGAGGAGCAGCAGCUGCUGCGAAGAAGAAGCGUGCAUACGCAGGGCAGGCAUAUGAAUUCGGUGCUGGCGGCAAUGCGGCCGCGGGAGCCCAGCCUGGAGGUAGUCAAUUUCCGGGGCAGCAACAACCACAGAUGGGUGGAUAUGGAUAUCCAGCUCAAGGUGUCCCACAGCAACCUGCAUAUGGAAUGCCACAGCAGCCAGCGUAUGGCGACCCCGGCGUGGGAAGUCCAGCGCCCCAGCAGCCCGUGUACGGCCAGCCCCAAUAUGGUGCACCUCAAGGCGGAUACGAGCCUCCAGCUCCUGGCUACCCAGCUCCUGGCGGCACUCCAGGAAUGGCACAACAAGGAGGCGUCCAGGGUAUGACACAGCAGUUCUCGCAAAUGGGCGUGGGUGGACAGCAACCACCAGCUCAACCUCAGCAACCCGCCGUCCAGCUCAGACUAAACCCAUUGCAACCCGUGGAUAUCAGUACACAGGGCCCGCCGUUCCAGAUCGCCGACGACCUGAACCAACCUCCACCGCCUAUCAUUCUACCACCAAAUUCUUCCGUGACCCCCUCCCCACACGCAAAUUGCCCGCCAAAGUACGUCCGAUCGACUCUCAACGCGAUGCCAGCGACGUCGUCCCUUUUGAAGAAGAGCAAACUCCCAUUCGCCCUCAUUAUCCAGCCCUACGCCGCGCUCCACGAUGCAGAGGACGAUGUUCCAGUACAGCACGAUCAGGUUAUUGCCCGAUGCAGAAGAUGUCGAACAUACAUGAAUCCUUUUGCCAGCUUCUUGGAUCAUUCUCACAGAUGGCGAUGCAACAUGUGCAACCUCACGAACGAUGUUCCACAGAGCUUCGACUGGGACAGCGUGAAGCAACAGUCAGUCGACAGGUGGCAGAGACCAGAACUGAACUACGCUGUGAGCGAGUUCGUUGCUCCACAGGAAUACAUGGUGCGGGCUCCACAACCUUUAAUCUACCUCUUCCUCUUCGAUGUCAGCUACGCUGGUGUCACGUCUGGCCUUCUCGCGACAGCUGCACGAUGCAUUCUGGAAAGUCUUGACCGGAUACCAAACACUGACCGAAGGACGCGACUUGGGUUCAUGGCAGUCGACAGUUCGCUGCACUAUUUCAGCAUACCUCGUGACGGUGGCGAGAGCAACGACGCGAAGAUGCUUGUGGUCAGCGAUCUGGACGAGCCAUUCUUGCCGACGCCGGAAGACCUGCUGGUUAACCUGACGGAAUGCCGUGCAAACAUUGAAGCUUUCCUUGGCAAGCUACAGGGCAUGUUCGCCAGCACUCAGAAUGGCAGUUCGGCCAUGGGGUCAGCACUGCGAGCCGGUCACAAGCUUAUCAGCCAUGUUGGUGGAAAGAUUGUGGUGUUGUCCGCAACUCUGCCAAACGUUGGACACGGCAAGCUGGACAUGAGGGAAGACAAAAAACUUCUUGGCACCUCGAAAGAGAACAGUCUGCUGCAGACCCAGAACAGCUUCUUCAAGAGUUUCGCCGUGGAAUGUAGCAAGACUCAGGUGUCUAUCGACAUGUUCUUGUUCAGCGCGCAGUACCAGGACGUUGCUAGCUUGAGCAACCUGCCAAGAUAUACUGGCGGACAAACUUACUUCUACCCAGCCUGGAAUGCUGCGAGAACAGAAGACGCCAUCAAGUUUGCUACAGAAUUCAGCGACUACCUGUCGUCAGAGAUUGGGCUGGAAGCUGUGCUUCGUGUGCGUACUACGACCGGCCUUCGACCAAGCGCUUUCUACGGCAACUUCUUCAACAGAUCCAGUGAUCUUUGCGCAUUCCCAGCAAUGCCAAGAGACCAAGCGUACGUGGUUGAAAUCGCAAUCGACGAGAGCAUCACGAAGGCCUUUGCAUGCUUGCAAGUGGGUGUGCUGCAUACGACGUGCAACGGGGAGCGUAGGAUUCGUGUUAUGACGCUCAGCAUACCUGUGACCCAGAACAUGGCCGACGUCUACGCGUCAGCCGAUCAGCAGGCUAUCACCCACUACUUCGCGCACAAGGCCGUGGAGCGAGCCCUCAGCAGUGGCUUGGAUGCUGCUAGAGAUGCCCUCCAGGCGAAGCUAAUCGAGCUGCUGCAGACGUACAAGAAAGAGCUUGGAGGUGGCAACAUGGGCGGUGGUGGUCUGCAGUUCCCAGCUAACAUGCGAGCUAUGCCCAUGCUCUUCCUAGGCUUGAUGAAGAAUCUUGGACUUCGCAAGUCUGCACAAAUCCCUACCGACCUGCGAUCUGCCGCACUGUGCCUGCUUUCCACCCUUCCGUUGCCGCUUCUGAUGCAGUACAUCUACCCUCGACUGUACUCGCUUCAUGACAUGCCCGACGAUGCUGGUCUGCCAAACCCAGAUACUGGCGCCAUCGUCAUGCCGUCGCCGCUGAACCUCACCUCCGGCAACAUUGUUCCCUAUGGUUUGUACCUGAUCGACGAUGGUCAGACGCAAUUCUUGUGGCUCGGUCGCGAUGCAGUACCGGCCCUUAUCAACGACGUAUUUGGCAUUGAAGACAAGAACCAACUCAAGCAAGGCAAGACCUCACUGCCGGUACUGGAUUCAGAGAUGAACGAACGAGUCCGCGCCGUGGUCGAGAAGUCACGCGACCAUCGGUCCAAGGGCUGCGGCAGUAUUGUCGUCCCUCCGCUUUAUUUGAUCAGAGAGGACGGUGAGCCUAGCCUGCGCCUUUGGGCACAAACGAUGUUGGUCGAAGACCGUGCAGACCAAGGCGUCAGCGGAGCGAUGUUCAUUGGCAUGUUGAGGGAGAAGGUUGUUUCAUAA